UGAAUGGGCGGCGGCUAUGACUGACACACAUAUUAAGGCAUUGAUUGAAUAAAUUGAAUAAAAAGACAAAAAAUAAAUUAAAAUUUUUUUCUUUUGAAUGCAUUUGUUGUGAAAAAUCUUUAAGUAUUUGUUUGAUUGACAACCAGUUUGUGGACAAAACAUCUCUUGAUUUGAUUUAAUUGUUAAUUUACCGACACUUGAUAUAAGUGACGGAUAUGUCGGCUGAAGACAAGCUAACCGGUGUGUCGGGUUUGGGCGGUGGUUCGGGUAUUGGUGGUCGCGAUACUAAUCCCGCGAUUGGCGCCAAACCGACCGUCAAUUUGCAGACAAAGCCGAAGAUAACUCAAGCAUUAAAUGGCAACCCAUCGGUACUGAAGACGUCUAAUACCCAAAACAAUGGCAGUACUAACGGCAACGGCAACUCCUAUCGUGUCCUCAAACCGGAAGCCUAUGUUGGCAUCGAUUCAUUGCCCGAACAAUUUGUCUCCCGUAUAGUUCGGGACGGCUUUGGCUUUAAUAUUAUGUGUUUGGGACAGACAGGUGUUGGAAAGUCUACUUUAUUGGACAGUCUGUUUAACAUGAAGUUUCCCGAUGUAUCCACUCGUUCGCACAAUUUGAGUGCCGUUGAUGUGACCGCACAUAACUAUGACCUCCACGAACGUAACAUUAAACUCAAAUUAGGUUUAAUUGAGAGCAAAGGUUUUGGCGAUCAGAUUAAUAAAGCUGAAUCAUUCAAAUCAAUCGUUGAAUACAUUGAUCAACAAUUUGAGAAGUAUUUGCAGGAAGAGCUCAAAAUACACCGAAACCAGAGUCCAGUGAAUGACAGCCGAGUCCACGUAUGUCUGUAUCUUAUCUCACCCGUUGGUCACGGCUUGCGGUCUAUUGAUUUGGUGACAAUGCGUGAGUUGGCCGCCAAAUGCAAUCUGAUUCCCAUAAUUGCCAAAUCAGACACAAUAACUAAAGCAGAGUUAGACAAACUCCGGACUAAAAUUAUGUCCGAAAUUGUGACAAAUGGUAUCAAUAUAUACCACUUUCCUACCGAUGACUCAGAUGUGGCCGACAUUAACAGUAAAAACAAUUCUUUACUGCCGUUUGCUAUCGUCGCUAGUCAUGACUUUGUUCGCGUCGGUAGUAAACAGAUGAGAGCCCGUCAAUACCCGUGGGGUACUGUUCUCGUUGAAAAUGAAAAUCAUUGUGAUUUUGUUCGGCUCCGGGAUAUGAUUUUAAGAAUAAAUAUGGAAGACUUACGCGAGACAACACAUUCACGUCAUUAUGAACUCUAUAGACGCGUACGAUUGGAACAGAUGGGCUUUGGAACCGUUGGCGGCACUGAUAACUCAAAAACGACAAGUUUUCAGGAAACAUACGAACAGAGACGAGCCGCACAUCUAUCAGAAUUACAGCGAAAAGAGGAGGAUAUGAGACAAAGCUUUGUUGUUAGAGUCAAGGAAAAAGAAGGUGAGCUCAAGGAGGCUGAGAAAGAUUUGCACCAAAAAUUUGAUCGCUUGAAGAAACAGUCGACUGAAGAGAAACGACGUCUUGAGUUAGACAAACAACGUUUGGACGACGAGAUCGCGGCUUUCAGUUCCCGAAAACAGGUUGUUUUGGGCGGUUCUGGCAGUAAUCUAACACUUCAGCAACAGUUAGGCAAAAAUAAGAAGAAGUGAUGUGAUCUGUCGUAUCCCACGAGUGAUAUAAACUGCUCGCCAGAGCUCUUCCUUUCUAUUUUAUGCUCUCUUAUAUAAACUUAUAGAUUGAGAUUUGCUCUAAAUAUAUACAUUAUUAAUGAAA